GACAUAGAAGAAACUAUAACAAAUCUCAGUGGUUUCAACACUAACACAGAGUUAGUAGUAGAGGCAACGGUAAAAUGUUUGGACAUAAUAAGGCCAGGCCUUGGAUUGUCAACAGUUUUACCUGUGAAUAUGGCAGCCAGAUUUCGACUAGGUGCUACACUUGCUCAAGCAUGUUCAGAAUUAGGAUACAAAGGUGAUAUUGGCUACCAAACGUUUUUAUAUAGCUCAGAAGGAGAUCUGCGAAAAGUUUUUAUGUUUCUUAUUGAAAAACUACCAAAAGAAAGUGAUAAACCUCUAAGUGAACCUGUUAGUAAUGUUGCAUUAUUAGAAAAAUCUAUAGCUACAGCAAUAGCACAAAGCCUAACAGCUCCAUGGUUGCCACAUUAUUGUCAUAUAAAGGGAUUCAGAAAUAGAGGAAGAGCGAGAAUCCCUUAUAAAUCUGUAAAUUUAGAAAUUCCGGAAAUGGAAAGUAAGGAAGAAUACCAAGAUUAUUACAUACAUUAUAUGCAAUCUGUGCCUGAGCAAGUGCAAAAUGAAUCAUCAUUUCUACCUUCUUUGAUAUCUUACAAUGCAAGAGCUCUUCAUUCACAUUCAAUGAGUAUUCUUGAUCAAAUAAAUUGGUUGAACAAACAAUAUUGCGAUAGAAUGAUUGAAGCUAAUGUGUCUGGUGAUGUUAAUGUUCUGAAUAGGGAUUCAACAAAAAAUACAACAUUACCUUCUACACAACCUCAAAUAAAAGAUAAUGGCACUAGAGAAACUAAAAUUGUAGAUCAAAAAAUAUUAGAUAAAAUGGAAAAACAAGACUUACAAAUAGAAAAAAUAAAAAUAGAAUGUGAGAGUCUCAGAAAUGACAUGGAAAAAUUACAAGAUGCAAUCAAGAACCUAACUACUAGUGUAACACAAGUAACAACAAAUUAUCAAAACGAGGAAAAAGAAUUGACAAUUAAUGAAGAACAAAAGAAAAUUAAAGCAAGAAUUUAUGAUCUGUUUCAAGACGGUGAAGAAAAUAUUAAGAAACUAGAGGCAGCAAUUGAAACAACAACAAGUAAAUUAAUCAAUUUAGGUAAUCAGUGGGAGAAACAUAGAGUGCCUCUAAUUCAAAAGUAUAGGCAAGAACGAGAAAAACAUUCUACUAAAACUAGUGCAAGUCAAAAGAAGCUUGAUGAUAUAAAGUUAUUAAAAGAAAAGGAAAGAGAACUACAAGAAGAAUGUCGUAAUAAAGAUCAACAAUAUUCGCAAUUGGUAAUUGAAGUUCAAAAAUUGCCCAAAGAAGUGAAUAGAUCCGCGUACACCCAACGAAUUUUAGAAAUAAUUAACAACAUUAGGAAACAAAGAGAUGAAAUUAAUAAAGUAUUAGUUGAUACACGUGAAAUCCAAAAAGAAAUUAACACACUUACAGGCAGACUAGAAAGAUCCUUUACUGUUGCCGAUGAAUUAAUAUUUCGAGAUGCAAGAACAAAUGAAGCGUCAAGAAAAGCCUAUAAGUUAUUAGCCACACUUCAUUCUGAUUGUAGCGAACUUGUAAGUCUAGUAGAAGAAACAGGUGCAACUAUAAGAGAAAUAAGAGACUUAGAAGAGCAGAUUGAUUCUGAAGCUACAAAAAAUGUUGGAGCAAAUUUGGAAAGGAUAACUGCUGAUUUGAAACAAAUGAAACAAGAAACCGCGGAAUUAACGGCACAGUUACAGAAUAAAACUUCG